AUGGCUUUUAUGAAAGCUUGGGGAGUCAUGGGGUCCAACUUAACUGAGGAAGAGCUUGAGACUCAUACUAUAGCAGCAUGGAAAGAAGCAAAAUUACGUCUAAACAGACAAUUUGAUGGCAACGGGAGAUGCUAUCCACGACGUUUGGUCUCUGCUGGGCCUUAUGAUUCUCUCAAAGAAGUUGCUUUGGGAAUUUUGCAAAACAAGGUGGCUACGAUUCCAAUUGUCCAUUCUUCUUCACAAGAUGCUGAAGUUAGUUCAAUACCCAUUGUGGAUGAGAAUGAUUCGUUGCUGGAUAUUUAUUCACGAAGUGAUAUUACCGCUUUGGCAAGAGAUAAAGCUUAUACACAGAUUCACCUAGAUGAAUUGAGCAUCCAUCAGACAUUGCAACUGGGACAAGAUGCAAAUUCUCCUUAUGGCUUCCUCAGUGGACAGAGAUGUCAGAUGUGUUUGCGAUCGGAUCCUUUGCAUAAAGUGAUUGAGCGCUUGGCUAAUCCUGGGGUUAGGAGGCUGGUGAUUGUGGGAGGCUGGCAGCAAACGUGUAGAAGGGAUUAUUUCAUUGAGUGA